GAGCGGAUCCGUAAUAUAGCGAUUAUUCCGAGACACAGCCACCCUCCUCGAUUAAUCCCCGCAUUUUCAUUACGGAACUGUGUGAGAUUCUGUUCUUCUCUGCGUUCGUUCGUUCGUUCGUGCGUGCACGCGUCUCAUCAUGUCGAACGCACGCUGUGGCGAAAGUCGUGCGCUAAGAGCCGCGGUCUGGGUGGGCUUCCUGUUCGGAAUCAUCCUGACUCAAGAUGAAGCUGUUCAGACUACACCACUUCACUCUCAUGAAGUGUUCCAGGGUGCAAGUCCUAGAGAAAGCCAAGAUCAAGAUCUCAUAAUUCCUCAUGAAGGAGUGGACAUGGCCACAGAUCUGCCUCCAGUUCUUGAGCACGUUGAUUCUGGACAAGAGGAUGAAACACUGCAUCCUGAGCAGCAAUACCUCCUCAGAAAGAUGCUGCUCAGUCACAACAAAGCUUUGCAUCCAACCUGGUCUCCAGUAGAAGCUCCUCAAACCACUAUCACUUACAAUCCUACUACAAUGAUGCAGCCUGCUAGUAAAACAAAGCCAUCACUUACUUCAUUAGUUAUCACAACAGCGAAGAUGGAACUGGAGCCAGAUACUCUCCCUCCUGUUGCCUCAAGCUGUAUGAUCAAUUUCUCUGACCCUGAGGGCUACAUUGAUUCUUCAGAGGAUCUACCACUUCCAGAUGGCACUCUUCUGCAGUGCACUUACACAGUGACUGUGUAUACAGGUUAUGGGGUGGAACUGCAGGUCAAAAGUGUCAACCUUUCAGAAGGUGAGCAGCUGUCCAUUAGAGCAGUAGACAAAGAUGGCACUUUACUGGUACUUGCUAAUCAGACUCUGCUUGUGGAGGGUCAGGUGAUCCGCAGCCCAACUAACUCAAUGUCGGUACUUUAUCGCUCUUCACCUGAGGGCAUCACAGGGACUUUCCAGCUUCAUUACCAGAUGUUCCAUCUGAGCUGCUCUUUGCCACGCCGACCUCACUUCGGGGAGGUAUCAGUUUUGGAUUUGCGCCCAGGAGGUACAGCACAUUUCUCCUGCCACAUGGGUUACCAUCUGCAGGGUGCAACAAUGUUGACCUGCCUAAAUGCCUCUCUGCCUGUCUGGAACCAGCAUGAACCCAGCUGUAUAGCUCUCUGUGGAGGGACGGUAAAAAACGCCACUGUGGGCAGAGUGUUGUCACCAUCACCUCACCUGAGUCCCAACAGCACUCUUGAGCGCAGCUGCUCCUGGUCCCUAGAGGCUACCAGUGGCCAACGACUACAUCUUCAUCUGGAGAGGAUGGCACUGGGACCAACAGACCGGCUUGUUUUGUGGAGUGGUCUGGAUGCUGGCUCUGUAGUUCUGUUUGACUCGGAUCGAGGAGUUCCUAUACCAUUUGAGGGUGUCAUCAGCGAGGGACCAGCAGUAAGAAUCCAGUUUAUAACAGACAAGCCAUACAACCAGAACACCGGUUUCAAUAUCCGUUAUGAGGCAUUUGAAAAGGGCCACUGCUAUGAGCCAUACAUCCAGAAUGGAAAUUUUAGCAGCACAGACCCAACUUAUGGUGUUGGAGCCAUAGUACAGUUCUCCUGUGAGGCUGGCCAUUCUCUGGAGCAAGGCCCUCCUGUCAUUGAGUGCAUCAAUAUACGAGACCCCUACUGGAAUGACACCGAGCCUUUGUGUAAAGCUUUAUGUGGAGGAGACCUGUCUGGCCCCAGUGGCUUAAUUUUGUCCCCAAACUGGCCUGAUUGGUACGGUGAAGGUGAGGACUGCAGCUGGAGGAUUCAUGUUGGUGAGGAAAAGCGUAUCCUGCUGGAUGUACAGCUUUUGAAUCUUAGUGACAGUGACAUGCUGACUAUUCUGGAUGGCGAUGAAGUGACCACACGGAUCUUGGGUCAAUAUGUGGGAGGAAACAGUCCGUUUAAGCUUACCUCCUCUACUCCUGAUCUUACCAUCACCUUCCAUUCUGACCCAGCCGGCCUGGUGUUUGGCAAGGGAGAGGGUUUCAUUAUCAACUAUGUGGAGGUGUCUCGUAAUGAUUCUUGCCCCGACCUGCCUGAGAUUCAGAACGGCUGGAAGACGACCUCACACACUGCACUGGUGCGAGGAACACGCAUCACUUAUCAGUGUGACCCAGGCUAUGACCUAGUGGGCAGAGAGACCCUUAUCUGUCAGCUGGACCUGAGCUGGAGUACACAGCCACCAUUUUGUGAGAAAAUUAUGUACUGUACAGACCCAGGUCAUGUUGAGCAUUCUGUACGGACGCUUUCGGAUCCCAAACUGCUUGUGGGAACUACAAUCCAGUACAGCUGCAAUCUAGGCUACAUACUGCAAGGUGGUGCCAUUUUAACCUGCUAUGGCCGUGAACCUGGAACUCCAGUAUGGACCUCCCACUUGCCACAUUGUAUCUUGGAAGAGUCCGUGUCCUGUGAGAAUCCUGGACUGCCAGACAAUGGCUAUCAAAUUCUGUCUAAGCGUCUCUAUCUGCCUGGAGAGUCCCUGAACUUCAUGUGCUAUCAAGGU